UUGUGCACCAUAAAAAUCCCAUACCUUUCAGGAUCACUAGUAGGACCUGCUCUCCUUUACACAAGAUCAAUCUUCUAAAGAAGAAAAAUGCAGAACUUUAGUGCUCAUAACAAGAGAAUAUUUAGAACAUACUCAGAUGAUCUAAGCAUCUUAAAACCAACAUUUUACACUAGUGCUGGGAAAGGGGGAUUCUAUUCUAAGGAAUUCCUCGGAUCUACCGCUGCACAAAUGGAGACUGGAGUUGGAAAUGAAAAAAUUACCAUGCAAAUACUAAAUGACCGCCUCGCCACCUAUCUAGAGAAGGUCAGGAGCUUGGAGAAUACCAACAGUGAGCUGGAGUUGAAAAUUUGCCAGUUUCUAGAGAAAAAAGGUCCAGACGCUCAGGACUAUAGUCACUACCAAGUCACCCUUGAUAAACUACGCAAAGAGAUCCUUGAGAUGACCUUAAGUUGUGCAAAAGUGGCUCUUCAAAUGGACAAUGCCAAGCUGGCUGCUGAAGACUACAGGCUCAAGUUUGAACAUGAACUUCACCUAAAACAAAGUGUUGAAGCAGACAUUCAUGCACUGAGAAAAAUGCUGGAUGACACCAAUUUGACGCGACUGCAUCUUGAAAAUGAAGUUGAAGCAUUGACAGGGGAGCUCAUCAAUCUGAAGAAACAUCACCAACUGGAAGUGUUAGAAUUGCAUAAUCAGAUCACCCAGACAGGGGUGCAGGUGGAUGUUGAUGCUCCGAAGGGACACGAUCUGACUGCAAUUAUGGAGGGGAUGAGAGCCAAGUAUGAAAAUAUUACCCUAAAGAACCAGGAGGAGCUCAAGGCCUGGCAUGAAUCAAAAAUCACGGAGGUGCAGGUUCAAGUUACUGAGAACACGUCAGCAUUGAAGGAAGCCAACACACAUGUCAGCAAGAGCCGCAGGAAGAUGCAGUCACUGGAGAUAGAGCUGCAGUCUGUGACUGGAACUAGAGCAUCUCUUGAAGAAGCCAUUCGGGAAAUGGGGCUGCGAUAUGGCAUGCAGGUGGAGCAGUACAAUGCCAUCAUUGUAAUGAGAGAGGCUGAACUUAGACAGCUGCGCAAGGACAUUCAAAAUCAAAAACAGGACUAUCAGGCCCUGUUCAACAUCAAGAUGAAGCUGGAAGCUGAAAUAGCCACCUAUAGGAGACUCUUGGAUGGAGAAGACAUACAAUUCCUGACUGAAGAGCAGAAUAAGAUUAAAGUAACCACCAUCACCCAGACACUGGUGGAUGGGAAAGUAGUAUCCACAAGCUCUGAAACUAAGGAAAACACAGUCUAAACCCAAACCAGACCAUUGUUGUUCAUGAAUGAUAACAGUACAAGACAAAUACCUCAUGAGCCGAUGCUAACAACAGCAUGAAUACUUUUGAAUUAAUUGUUAAUUACAUAUAAUCACUGUCCUCUAUGUACUGUUUCAAUGCCAGUCUUCAGCGAUAAUUAGGUUCCAAAUAAAGCGUUGUAAAUGAGUGAUUCAAGAUUAAAGUCCUUCAUAUUUGAUUUUACUAUGUGAUAACAAUUCAAAUGCCCCUUACUGUGCUAUUGUACUCUUGUAUUCUGCUUCAGUAAUCCUGUUGGGUUUUUGAAACAACAGUUUUUCGGUAGUAUUUCGGUUGUAUUAUUUUUCAUGUUGAUGGAAAGCCACAGCUCUCAUAAUUCAAACCAUACAGUGAAUGUCUCUCUUCAGUCAACCUUGUGUUUGAACAUUUUUCAUGUCAAAAAUUCAGCUCAAUGUAAUGACAAAUUAUGGCAAAUUGGACCUUUAGGGUCUAAUAACAUUGUGAACAUGCCAGUACAAUAAAAUGCAACUCUAAGCAGUGGUGCACCAUUCCAUUCUCUAUUCACAAGGACAUUUGCUAAUCAUAAUACCUGAAAGAGUAGUGACAACAUAAUUAAGGCUUUAUUGUGAUUCACA